UCCUGACACAAUGCCCGGUGCUUAGCAGGUGCUCAAUAAAUACAUUUGGAAUGGACGAAUGAAUGUAAAUAUUCCUCUUUGUCCUCAUGAACCCAUCGGAAAGGCGUCCUAAAUUUGGCUCAUCACCGUUAAAGGACUGUUGUGGUUAGGAUUGUGUCCCUCCGUCCCGCAAAUUAUGUGUCAAAGCCCUAACCAUCCCCAGUACCUCAGAAUGUGACUAUGUUUGGAAAGAGUGUCUUUAAAGAGGUGAUUAAAGUAAAAUGAGGUCAUAUGGGUCGGUCCUAAUCCAACAUAAAGAAAUCCUAAAGAUCAUAAAGAAAUUAGGCCAGAGACAUGCAAGCACACAGAAGAAAGGCCAUGUGAGGACACAGUGAGACAGUGGCCAUCUACCAGCCCCGGAGAGAGACCUCAGAGGAAAGCAAAUCUGCUGACACUUUGAUCUUGGACUUCCAGCCUCCGGGAACAUGAGAAAAUAACUUUGUUGGUUAAGCUGGCCAGUCUUUGGUAUGUUGUUACAACAGCUCUAGCGAACUCUUACGAUUGCCAAUCUCUGCCCCAGACCAUGGCAGAAGCGAUGUCAAAGAAACAUUUUUUCGUGGUUCGCAUUUCCCGUUCCCAUAUCAUAUAAGCCAGAAGAAAAUUGUUCUCAGUAUGUGUUUCGUGGUGCUUUGAAAUCCACAGUGUAUCUAUGUGACUGGCCUCGCUGUAAGAAAGCCCUUUGUGAGGUCAUCACGUCACUCUUGCCAAAGCUGCACAGAUGGAGACAUGCAGGCUUUUAAAAACCCUUGAGAAGACACCAUGCCUCACUUUGCAAACCCUCUUUUAAGAAACAUCAUUACCAGAAAUCCAUUCGAUAACAUCAAGAGGGAGCGAUGCCUCCAAUAUUUGAAAACGCUGAAAACACUGCAAAAUGAUGGAUUUAAGACCAUAUAUUUUGGAGAAACCAAUAUUGCCGAGAGUCUUGUCACUGGAGAAGAUUUCAGUGACGGGUGUUUCAUGCAAACUCCAACUUGGUGUAUCGUGCAUGCUGGUGGUAGUCAAGGAUGGGUGCCUUGGAAGUACCGGACGUUCCUUAGAGAUGAGGUAUGCAUCAAACAGGAAGACAGCCUCUUCUCUGAGUUCUGUGAUGUGGCAAGGAAGGCCUACGGGAAGUGCGCCAUUGUGGUCAAAGAGAGAAGGCAGCAAGACGAGAAGAAGCCAGAGGAAGACAAAGAGCCAGAGGCCCAGAUCCAUGCCCCAUCGGUCAUUAACCUAACGAGCCUUGUGUGUUGCCCGGAGGUAGCCAAGUCCUGUGGCCACGAACUACUCUCUCUGCCUUCCCUUUACAAUUACCUAAACCCUUUAGACUCAGCCUGGUCUUCUUUGAAAUGGUUUAUCAUCAAUAACAGAAAGGAGUUUUGCUUUCAGUACAUUGACAGUGUCUAUUCUUACCAGUACAUCCUUGUCAGAGAUUUAAUUAGCAAAGGGAUUGAAAGGAUAAACCCAAGCAAAUGGAAAACCCUAACCAACAGAGUGCGGAGAUGGGAAAACUACUAUCUUGGUAAAUUUUCUUAAGGGUGAUUCCUCUAACAAGCGGUUGGGACCAUGCUACGGGCAGUCGUUACCAACUCUGCUGGGCUCGACUCUGGACCACUGCAGCCAAAGAUACUUCAACAACGACCUCACAGGGAUGCUGUGAGGACUGAGGUUUCUAAGAGUGUUGGCAAAGUGCUGUAGGUUUACUGGAGGUUCCAUUAAAACUUGUUGGUGAAUUAGG